AUGACAACUAAACAAGAGAAACUUUCCUCCAAUUCUUUCAAAUGGUUUUCCACCAAAACCCUAAAGUUAAACCUAAGUUUCCAAAACCGACGAGGAUCGCCAAAAUCCAAUUCUUCCUCAACCUUAACCUCCCCAAGAAGCAACACCGAUGACAGCAACAACACAAAGAAUCACCACUCCGACGACGAGCUCCGUCGUGUCUUCAGCCAUUUUGACGUUGACGGCGACGGUAAGAUCUCAGCCUUUGAGCUCAGAGAUUACUUCGGAUCUGUCGGUGAGUAUAUAUCCCACGAGGCAGCUCAAGAGGCGAUAAACGAAGUUGCCACUGACGCAGACGGGUCUUUAGGGUUUGAAGAUUUUCUUGGAUUGAUGACAAGAAGAGAUCUUGACGCUAACGGUGACGGCGGAGAAGAGUUGAAGACAGCGUUUGAGAUGUUCGAAGUGGAGAAAGGAUCAGGCUGCAUAACACCAAAGGGUUUGCAAAAGAUGCUUGGGAAGUUGGGUGAAUCAAAAACGUAUGGAGAGUGUGAAGCAAUGAUAAGGUUUUACGAUAUUGAUGGUAAUGGAGUUCUUGAUUUUCAUGAGUUUCGUCAAAUGAUGAUGGUUUAA